CGCAAGGUGCUGAGCAAGAACAUCGUCCGCGGUAGAGGUCUUCUGGCGCAUUCCAUCAUUCAAGCGCAGGCCACGUCUCCGAUAUUCACUCCGGUUUACGCGGCGCUGACAUCCAUUAUCAACUUAAAGUUUCCCAACAUAGGCGAGCUGGUGCUGAAGCGACUCGUUCUGCGGUUCAAGCGUGAAUUCGAGAGGAACGACAAGUCCCUGUGCAUAUCCUCGGGAAUUUUCAUAGCGCAUUUGGUCAACCAGCGUGUGGCCCACGAGAUUAUCGCUUUGGAGAUCCUGACGCUGCUGUUGGAAACGUCGACCGACGAUUCCGUCGAGGUGGCUAUAGGAUUUCUGAAGGAAUGCGGUAUGAAGUUGACGGAGGUGUCGCGACGGGGUAUCGAGGCCAUCUUC